CGCUUUAAAACUCAUCAGGCGGGCACCCGACCUGAGCACGCACCCGCACUAUUCGGACGGGACAAACUCCCCUUCCGCCAUUUAAAAUUAAGGGAGAGUUGUCACGCUUCUUUCACCCCACCAGGAAAGGAAACUUGAGAAGAGGGGGCGCUUAGGGGUGGCGAUAAAGGAAAGGAAAUUUAGAGAAAGCGAGAGCUAGAAAACUCCCUCCCGCCUCUAGCCAGCGCGAGAACAAAGAACUUCCCUCCGUCUCUCCCGCCCCGCACGUGGGGGGCGAAGCGGACUCCCCACCCCCUCGGUGCUUCUUGCACCGCCUCCCGCCGUUGCCGAUUGGCGAAACCCAAGCCCUGCGGGGCGGAGAGGGCUGCCUCCGAUCCAAUCCAGACGACGACAGGUUCUUUCCAACGAGAGCGGUGGCCAUUGGGCCGCCGGCGGGUUUGGCGCUCUGUUGUCCGGAGCUGUGAGGACGAAGAGAAGAGGGAGAAGGGUGCAGUGAACCUGGCGCGCGCGCACGGGCAGGGAAGAAAAGUGGGCGGAAGGCGGCCGGAGAAAGGGACGCGGCCGGACUCACCGGCGGUGGCGCUGCUGCUGCUGCUAGUAAGGGGAUCUUAAACAGCAUGGUGGACAAGAUGGAGCAGUCCCCCAGCAACACCAGUUGGAUAAGAAGCUGCCAGAGUAUGGUGCCUCCAGUUUCAUCCCAGAUAAGCAGUCCAGAAGGAUAUCAUGGUUGAUGCUACUGAAAAUUGCUGAGAGGUGUAAAAUAACAAACAGAAACACAUCCCCUCUGUUCUUUUUCCUGGAAGGGAUAAUCAUGGGUCAGACUGGUAAGAAAUCCGAGAAAGGACCAAUUUGUUGGAGGAAGCGUGUAAAAUCAGAAUAUAUGCGACUUAGGCAGCUCAAGAGGUUCAGACGGGCAGAUGAAGUAAAGAGUAUGUUUAAUUCUAAUCGUCAGAAGAUACAAGAAAGAACUGAAAUCUUAAAUCAAGAAUGGAAACAACGACGGAUACAACCUGUACACAUCAUGACUUCUGUGAGCUCAUUGCGUGGGACCAGGGAGUGUUCUGUCACCAGUGACUUAGACUUCCCAAAGCAAGCCAUCCCUCUCAAGACUCUGAAUGCUGUUGCCUCAGUACCCAUAAUGUACUCCUGGUCUCCCCUUCAGCAAAACUUUAUGGUAGAAGAUGAGACCGUUUUGCAUAAUAUUCCAUAUAUGGGGGAUGAAGUACUUGACCAGGAUGGAACAUUUAUUGAAGAGCUAAUAAAAAAUUAUGAUGGAAAGGUGCAUGGAGACAGGGAAUGUGGAUUUAUCAAUGAUGAAAUAUUUGUAGAGCUGGUCAAUGCUCUUGGUCAGUAUAGUGACGAUGAUGACGAUGACGAUGAUGAUGAUGAAGAUGAAGACGAUGAUGACAAUCUUGAUGGAAGAGAUGAAAAGCAGAAAAAUCGGGAGACCAACAGAAUAGACAAAGAGAGCCAUCCUCCUCGUAAGUUCCCUUCUGACAAGAUAUUUGAAGCUAUCUCCUCCAUGUUUCCAGAUAAGGGUACAGCAGAGGAAUUAAAAGAAAAAUACAAAGAACUCACAGAACAGCAGCUUCCAGGAGCUCUUCCUCCUGAAUGUACACCAAACAUAGAUGGGCCAAAUGCCAAAUCUGUUCAGAGGGAGCAAAGUCUGCACUCCUUUCAUACCCUCUUCUGUAGGCGAUGUUUCAAAUAUGAUUGCUUCUUACACCCAUUCCAUGCAACUCCUAAUACUUACAAACGGAAAAAUACAGAAACUGCAAUCGAUAAUAAACCUUGUGGGCCACACUGCUACCAACAUCUGGAAGGAGCCAAAGAGUUUGCAGCCGCAUUAACUGCUGAGCGAAUAAAAACACCACCCAAGCGCCCAGGGGGCCGCCGAAGGGGAAGGCUUCCAAAUAACACCAGCAGGCCUAGCACUCCAACUAUAAAUGUGCUGGAAUCAAAGGAUACAGACAGUGACAGAGAAGCUGGGACCGAAACUGGAGGUGAAAAUAAUGAUAAAGAAGAAGAGGAGAAGAAAGAUGAGACUUCAAGCUCCUCGGAAGCAAAUUCCAGGUGUCAAACGCCAAUCAAGAUGAAGCCAAAUAUCGAGCCUCCUGAGAAUGUUGAAUGGAGUGGUGCAGAAGCUUCAAUGUUCAGAGUCCUCAUUGGAACCUACUAUGAUAAUUUCUGUGCAAUUGCCAGGUUAAUUGGGACCAAAACAUGUAGACAGGUGUAUGAGUUUAGAGUAAAGGAAUCUAGUAUUAUUGCUCCUGCCCCAGCUGAAGAUGUUGAUACUCCUCCAAGAAAGAAGAAGAGGAAACACAGGUUGUGGGCUGCUCACUGCCGAAAAAUACAGCUGAAAAAGGAUGGGUCAUCCAAUCAUGUUUACAACUACCAGCCAUGUGAUCACCCACGUCAGCCUUGCGAUAGUUCAUGCCCCUGUGUCAUUGCUCAGAACUUUUGUGAGAAGUUUUGUCAGUGCAGUUCAGAAUGUCAAAACAGGUUUCCUGGAUGCCGCUGCAAAGCACAGUGCAAUACUAAGCAGUGUCCUUGCUACUUGGCUGUACGUGAAUGUGAUCCAGAUCUCUGCUUGACUUGUGGAGCAGCAGAUCACUGGGACAGCAAAAAUGUCUCUUGCAAGAACUGCAGCAUUCAGCGAGGAUCCAAAAAGCACUUGCUGCUGGCACCUUCAGAUGUGGCAGGCUGGGGGAUUUUCAUUAAGGAUCCAGUGCAGAAAAAUGAAUUCAUCUCUGAAUAUUGUGGUGAGAUUAUUUCUCAGGAUGAAGCAGACAGAAGAGGAAAAGUAUAUGACAAAUAUAUGUGCAGCUUUCUGUUCAAUUUGAAUAAUGAUUUUGUGGUUGAUGCAACACGGAAGGGCAACAAGAUAAGAUUUGCAAACCAUUCAGUCAAUCCAAACUGCUAUGCAAAAGUCAUGAUGGUUAAUGGAGAUCACAGAAUAGGUAUAUUUGCUAAGAGAGCCAUUCAAACUGGUGAAGAGCUGUUUUUUGACUAUAGAUACAGCCAGGCUGAUGCCCUUAAGUAUGUAGGCAUUGAAAGAGAAAUGGAAAUCCCUUGAUACCAGCUACCUCUUCUAUAAAACAGCUGCCUUAUCUUCAGGAGUUUCUAGUACUGUGGGCAAUUUUUUGAAGAUUAAAUUGAUGCAAUUUGGAAUGCAGAAUUUGCAAAGUACUGUAUCUGUAAUUUAUAGUGACAAUUUUUAAAAAUGAACUUUUUAUUGUCUUCUCACCAGCUGCAACAUGUUUUGUACCAUUGAACUUUUGCAAUAAUGCAGUGUGGUACAUUUUUCAACCUUGAAUAAAGGAUACUUGAACUUUA